CCCCUUCCCUCUAAGCGAUGGCUGAGAGGCGGUGCAUGCAGAUGGGGAGUAAGUUUCCUGAAGGGGAGGGUGGAUGCACGCGCGCAACCCGGCGCUGCAAAUUUCCACCGGGGAGGGAGAACGGCUGGAUGCGGAGAGUUUGGAGUUGCUUGCGGCGGAGGGCAGGAAGGGGAACAGGGCUGGGAAAGGGGACUGGCGGGCGCUAUAUCUGGGAGUAAGUUUCCAGCAUCAGGAGAGCCUGCACGCUUGCUCACUACUCUGCUCGUCCCCCCAUCUCACCCCCCAAGCGGAGACUGGUCUUCUCGUCGGAUUGCCCAUGCACUUGUUGCAGAAACAGCCAAGGCCCUGGCUGUGGAGGAUGCUGAAGGAAGAAGACGCAGAAGCAGGACUACCCUGAAAGAUUCAGCCUCUUCAUCUUCAAACAGGACCAGGCCUCCUCUUCCCGCCUGUCCAGCAGCAUGAAAGCAGCAUGACUGGCCGACCGCAGGAGAAGCCCCCAGAACCAGGCCCCCAACUCAGCCAUCUGCGGAGGUCAAGGUGUGAGCACCGUCUCCUCACCACAGUGCUGUGUGGUCCGUACCUCAGCCAGGGAGAGGAUGUGAAACCCCCCGCCCUGCACAUGAGUGGUACAGGCCAACAGGAACACCUGGCUCCAGCCACGUUCACAGACAUGUCAGCUGUGGAGUAGUGCCGACACUUUCUCUCAGCUUCUCAGGGUUUCAGUCCUUUUGGGUUUGUUUUAUUUACCUUUUUUAUGGUUUUGUGGCUGGACGUUCACAACCAAGGCAGACAGCAUGGGUGACCAGCAACUGUACAAGACCAACCAUGUGGCCCACGGUAGUGAGAACCUUUUCUACCAACAGCCACCACUUGGCGUCCACAGCGGGCUGAACCACAACUAUGGGAAUGCAGUAACAGGGGGCGGAAUGGAUGCCCCUCAGGCCUCGCCCAUCUCCCCCCACUUCCCUCAAGAAACGCGGGAUGGUCUGGGCUUGCCUGUUGGCUCCAAAAACCUUGGCCAAAUGGAUACCUCGAGGCAGGGAGGGUGGGGAAGUCAUGCAGGGCCUGGAAACCAUGUCCAGCUACGUGGAAACCUGGCCAACUCAAACAUGAUGUGGGGGGCACCGGCCCAGGCUGAGCCCACUGAUGGCUACCAAUAUACCUACUCCCAGGCCAGCGAGAUCCGGACCCAGAAGCUUACCAGCGGUGUCUUACACAAGCUGGACUCUUUCACCCAGGUGUUUGCCAACCAAAACCUGCGAAUUCAGGUCAACAAUAUGGCCCAGGUGCUGCACACUCAGUCAGCAGUGAUGGAUGGAGCCCCUGACAGUGCCCUCCGCCAGCUGCUGUCUCAGAAGUCCAUGGAGCCCCCAGCACCGGCUAUCCCUUCCCGCUACCAGCAGGUGUCCCAGCAGCCUCACCCUGGUUUCACUGGUGGGCUGUCCAAACCAGCCCUUCAGGUCGGGCAGCACCCUACCCAAGGGCACCUGUAUUAUGACUACCAGCAGCCACUGGCUCAGGUGCCAGUGCAGGGAGGACAGACACUGCAGGCCCCACAGAUGCUGUCACAGCACAUGCAACAGAUGCAGCAGCACCAGUAUUACCCACCGCAGCAACAGCAGCAAGCUGGGCAACAGCGUAUCUCCGUGCAAGAAAUACAGACGCAGCCGCAACAAAUUCGCCCAUCACAACCACAGCCGCCGCCACCGCCGCCGCCGCCGCAGCAGCAGCUACAGCUGCAGCAGCGGCAGGGUUCAAUGCAGAUACCUCAGUAUUAUCAGCCCCAACCCAUGAUGCAGCACUUGCAAGAGCAGCAGCAGCAACAGAUGCACCUGCAGCCCCCUUCUUAUCACAGGGACCCUCACCAGUAUACCCCAGAGCAGGCACACACUGUCCAGCUGAUUCCCCUGGGCUCCAUGUCCCAGUACUACUACCAGGAGCCCCAGCAGCCCUACAGCCACCCCCUCUACCAGCAGAGCCACCUGCCCCAGCACCAGCAGCGUGAGGACAGUCAGCUGAAGACCUACUCCAGCGACAGACAGGCCCAGGCCAUGCUGAGCUCCCAUGGGGACCUGGGGCCUCCUGAUGCAGGAAUGGGAGACCUAGCGAGCUCGGAUCUGACCCGGGUCAGCAGCGCCCUCCCCCAUCGCCCCCUCCUGUCCCCCAGUGGGAUCCACCUCAACAACAUGGGGCCUCAGCAUCAGCAGCUGUCUCCUAGUGCCAUGUGGCCCCAGAUGCACCUACCUGAUGGGAGAGCCCAGCCAGGGUCCCCUGAGUCAAGUGGCCAACCCAAAGGAGUGUUUGGGGAGCAGUUUGAUGCCAAGAACAAGCUGACAUGCUCCAUCUGCCUGAAGGAGUUCAAGAACCUGCCUGCCCUGAACGGCCACAUGCGGUCCCAUGGGGGAAUGAGGGCCUCCCCCAACCUCAAACAGGAGGAAGGAGAGAAGGUCCUGCCGCCUCAGCCCCAGCCGCCACUGCCGCCUCCGCCUCCGCCGCCGCCACAGCUCCCUCCCGAGGCAGAAAGCCUCACGCCUAUGGUCAUGCCCGUGUCUGUCCCUGUCAAGCUUCUCCCACCCAAGCCCAGCUCUCAGGGGUUCACCAACAGCACCGUUGCCGCCCCCUCCGCCAGAGACAAGCCAGCCAGCUCGAUGUCGGACGACGAGAUGCCUGUGCUCGAAAUCCCCAGGAAGCAUCAGCCCAGCGUGCCCAAAGCCGAGGAGCCCCUCAAGACCGUGCAGGAGAAGAAAAAGUUCCGGCACCGGCCGGAACCACUCUUCAUCCCGCCGCCGCCCUCCUACAACCCGAACCCCGCCGCCUCCUACUCGGGCGCUACCCUUUACCAGAGUCAGCUGCGCUCCCCGCGCGUCCUCGGGGAUCACCUGCUCCUGGACCCCACCCACGAGCUGCCCCCUUACACGCCCCCACCCAUGCUGAGCCCGGUGCGCCAGGGCUCGGGGCUCUUCAGCAAUGUCAUCUCCGGCCACGGCCCUGGCGCCCACCCGCAGCUGCCCCUGACGCCCCUGACGCCCACGCCACGGGUGCUGCUGUGUCGCUCCAACAGCAUCGAUGGCAGCAACGUGACGGUCACCCCAGGGCCUGGAGAGCAGACUGUAGAUGUUGAACCACGCAUCAACAUUGGCUUGAGAUUCCAAGCAGAAAUCCCUGAACUCCAAGAUAUCUCUGCUCUGGCCCAGGACACACACAAGGCCACACUGGUAUGGAAGCCCUGGCCAGAACUAGAAAACCAUGACCUCCAGCAAAGAGUGGAGAAUCUUCUGCAUUUGUGCUGUUCCAGUGCAUUGCCAGGUGGAGGAACGAAUUCUGAAUUUGCUUUGCACUCUCUGUUUGAGGCCAAAGGUGAUGUAAUGGUUGCUCUGGAAAUGCUGCUGCUGCGGAAGCCGGUCAGGUUAAAAUGUCAUCCUUUAGCAAAUUACCACUAUGCCGGUUCGGACAAGUGGACCUCCCUAGAAAGAAAACUGUUUAACAAAGCACUAGCCACUUACAGCAAAGACUUUAUUUUUGUACAGAAGAUGGUGAAGUCCAAGACGGUGGCUCAGUGCGUGGAGUACUACUACACAUGGAAAAAGAUCAUGCGGCUGGGGCGGAAACACCGGACACGUCUGGCAGAAAUCAUCGACGAUUGUGUGACAAGUGAAGAAGAAGAAGAGUUAGAGGAGGAGGAGGAGGACCCGGAAGAAGAUAGGAAAUCCACAAAAGAAGAAGAGAGUGAGGUGCCGAAGUCCCCGGAGCCGCCACCCGUCCCCGUCCUGGCUCCCACGGAGGGGCCGCCCCUGCAAGCCCUGGGCCAGCCCUCAGGCUCCUUCAUCUGUGAAAUGCCCAACUGUGGGGCUGUGUUCAGCUCUCGACAGGCACUGAAUGGCCAUGCCCGCAUCCACGGGGGCACCAACCAGGUGACCAAGGCCCGAGGUGCUGUCCCCUCUGGGAAGCAGAAGCCUGGUGGCACCCAGAGUGGGUACUGUUCGGUGAAGAGCUCACCCUCUCACAGCACCACCAGCGGCGAGACAGACCCCACCACCAUCUUCCCCUGCAAGGAGUGUGGCAAAGUCUUCUUCAAGAUCAAAAGCCGAAAUGCGCACAUGAAAACUCACAGGCAGCAGGAGGAACAGCAGAGGCAAAAGGCUCAGAAGGCGGCUUUUGCAGCUGAGAUGGCAGCCACGAUCGAGAGGACUACGGGGCCCGUGGGGGCGCCAGGGCUGCUGCCCCUGGACCAGCUGAGUCUGAUAAAACCCAUCAAGGACGUGGACAUCCUCGACGACGACGUUGUCCAGCAGUUGGGAGGUGUCAUGGAAGAGGCUGAAGUCGUGGACACCGAUCUUCUCUUGGAUGAUCAAGAUUCAGUCUUGCUUCAGGGUGACGCAGAACUAUAAAGCCCUGUGUGUCACUUAAAGACAGUGAAAACCCACGGCCUCCGUCUUCAUUAAUCAGGAAACCUGGACUGUCUGCUUGUUUUGUAACCCUUUUAAACUACCUGUUUUAAAAGUGGUCAUUUUAUUCAGGUUUAGAAAAAAAAAUCCCAUUUCUUUUCCUUUUAUUUAAAAAAAAAAAAAUUGUUUUUGUGGGGGGUUGGGGGAAUAAAUAAUUGGCACAACUAUCUUUAA